AUGUAUAAUAUAUAAUUUCAGGAGUGUAAAUGGGAUAGAUAUAGUAAAAAAUGUAUUCAUCAAUAAUGUACAGACGCAAAUACUAGCUUUUAUUUUACAAAUGAAGAUUGCUAAUCAUUUAAAGUGUUUAUUGGUCCUGAAAUAAUUGGAUCUUCAGGAGUUGGAUGUUAAAAAUGGCAAAUAGAUUGGGCUCAAAUGAUAACUCAAAUUAAUGUUAAUUGA